GAUUGCUGUUGUGAACAAAUGGGUUCCGUCACUGAUGAUGAGGUUAUUCGGAAGCGGCUUCUCAUUGAUGGCGACGGGGCAGGAGACGACCGGCGCAUCAACGUGCUCCUGAAAAGCUUUACCAAAUGGUGCAACUCAAAUACAUCACCUGAGGAGGGGUUUGCCCAGUACCAGAGGAUGUUGGGCACUUUGGCACAAUGUGAAUUUUCAAUGGGGAAGACCUUGCUGGUGUAUGACAUGAACCUUAAAGAAAUGGAGAAUUAUGAGAAAAUCUACAGAGAUAUCGAACAAAGUAUAACGUCUGCGCAUGAGAAAAUAGCAGAAUGCAAAAAGGAGAUCCAGAGGGCAAAGAGAAUCCGGAAGAAUCGUCAAGAGUAUGAUGCGUUGGCUAAAGUUAUCCAGAAACACCCUGACAGACAUGAAACAAUGGAGCAACUUGAGGCACUUGACAAAGAACUGCAGCAGCUCUCACACAUAAAGGAGAACGUAGAGGACAAAUUAGAACUCCGGAAGAAACAGUUUCAUGUUCUGCUUAGUACUAUUCAAGAGCUACAACAGACCCUGGAAAACGACGAGAAGUUGGAGAAUGAUGAAACCCAAGAGAGUUCAAUGGAAAAUGAUGGAGAUUAAAGCAAAUGGUUUCAUCAGCAUUCUCAGCACAAGCAGCUGUUGUCAUAAGCUGAGGCAGAUUUUUUUUUUAAAUUGUUUUUCAAUGUGAAAUUUUUAAAUGUGUACCUAGCCCAUGUUAUGGUGUAUUU